UAGACGCGGCGAACUCGAGAGACACAAAAAAACAACAAAACCUACCGAUGUCAAUAUUUGCAAAUGUUUGUUUACCAAAAAAAAAUUGUCAUAUCGUGUUUUUAAGAAGCAAAUCUGACAACGUUUAGACUCAACCAAUAUGGCGGCGAAAUGACGCAUUUUCCUUCCUGCUGUGGUUUAGGUCCUACACUGUCAACAUCACACGGAGAUCUUUGCUCCUGUUGAUGUUACGAUACGUCGCCCUUGAACGCGACGCGUCGCUUUUUGCCCUACUGCGUUCCAAAGACGAGGCGUGAACGAGUCGGAAUUUAUAUAUUCACCGAACCGAGACAAACGAUGAGUCUCCAGAUCAGCGCGAAGGAGGAGAUGGUGGAGAAGUUUCUGGAUUCUUCGGCCAGAGGAGACCUGGCCACGGUGACCGCACUACUGUCCGGGGCUCCGUCACUGAUCAACCGGAGAGGAGACAACGAGUGGACGGCACUGAUGCUCGCUGCACGCAACGGACACCACGACGUGGUCAAGGACCUGCUGCUGCGUGGCUGUGACAAGUCCCUGGUGAACAGUUCUUCUCAGACUGCCUAUGAUAUUGCUAAGUUCUGGGGUCACAAACACAUCUCCACCCUGCUGACCCCGGUAGACGACAGAGGUCAACAGAUACCGCCGGGCUUCGAGCUCCGUACGCAGGAGCACUACUUCGGCAGAGAGACACUGGACCGGCUGAGUGUGAAAAGGACAGACACGGAGUGGCUGGAGGCCAAACAGAAGAACCCAGACAGCGUCUAUCUGCUGUUCUCCAACCUCAUCCCGAUGGUCAGCAACCAGCCGGGCGACGGCGAGGAGGGCGAGACCAAGCUGUAUCUGCUCAGGUACGAGGCCGUCCAAGAUCUCCUCCAAAAACCCGAGACCGUUCUCAUUUUCUUAGGAGUGAAGAGAAGGAACAUUUCCUCCUCUCUGACGGACGUGAACGUCGAGGAGCUCCCGGCUUGGUUCGCCAUCUCCACGGAUGAAGACACGGCUGAACUUCUUAAACGCUGCCCGGAGAAGAACUGCUGCUUCCCAGAGAAAGCAUUCAGAGAUCUGCUGAAACUCUCGGAGGAGGACGCAGGAGUCGUGGCUCAGGCUCGAUCUGUGCUGGCCUGGCACAGCCGUUACGGUUUCUGCCCCACGUGUGGCAGUGGGACCAAGAUGGAGGAGGGAGGGUACAAGAGGAGCUGCCUGAACCCAGACUGCAGGAGCCUGAACGGGGUUCACAACACCUCCUACCCACGAGUUGACCCAGUUGUCAUCAUGCUGGUCGUCCACCCUGACGGAAACCACUGCUUACUGGGAAGGAAGAAGAUCUUCCCUGCCGGACUGUUCUCCUGUCUUGCCGGGUUCAUAGAGCCGGGGGAGACGAUUGAAGACGCGGUGAGGAGGGAGGUGGACGAGGAGAGCAGCGUGAAGGUCGGAGCGGUGCAGUACGUCUCCUGCCAGCCUUGGCCGAUGCCCUCCAACUUAAUGAUCGGCUGCCUGGCUGUGGCCACAUCGACUGACAUCAGAGUGGACAAAAACGAGAUAGAGGAGGCUCGCUGGUUCUCGCGGCAGGAGAUGAUCGACGCCCUUUACAGAAAAGCAGCCCCGGUCCUCACCGUCCCCCCGAGACAGACCAUUGCACAUCAGCUGAUCAAACACUGGAUUGGUGUGAGCUCCAACCUCUAGGCUGCGGUGUCGGUGUCCAGCCAGUGAACCAGCUGAGAAAGACAGACCUCCAAAGAACAGCAGGGUUCUUCAGGAGAUUCUUCCGAAAAAGAAACAAAAAACCAAAUCAGGAGAACAAACUGGCUUCAGUCUUUGUCCUGAAGGUGGCAGCAGAGAGUGGUGGCAAGUUGACGAAGUGUGAGCGGAAAUGUUUGUAAUAACUCGGUGAUGGAGGCCUACGUAAUACUAUCUUGUGGUGAAGUUAAACACCGUGGUAGAUCUCAGAUUUUCAGUUCUCAGACCUUUCAGAGACAGAUAAGACUCUCGCAGGAAGUGAAACCCGGGGCAUUAUUUUGCAGUUCAUUAAACAGAAGGAAAGAAGUGAAAAGUCUUCUUAUAACACCAGAAAAACAGAUGGAAUUAAAAAAACAAAAAAACAACACAAAUCUCAGAAAACCCAGUGUUUUUAAACACUUCAUGAAACUGUAAUUAUAUAUAAUACUACAUUUUACAAAUGAGCUGGGGAGGGGCAAUGCUGCCACCUAUAUUUCAUUGGAGGACCUGGGUUUGAUUUUAAUGAAAUAUUGAAAAAAAGUGUUAUUUUACACAAAUACUGUAUAAAAAUUCCAAUUAUUUAAUAAACAACUAAAACUGCAUUUUUAAUAAUUUCAAACUUAAAAAUAAAUCUAAACUAAAUUGCCUAAAGGGUAAAAUAUAAUUAGAGGGCUCAAACAGUGACCCAGGGGCCAUCUGUAGCUCGAUUUAAAUAUUUAUCUUAAUUUAUUAUGACAACUAAAUAAUUUUAUUAAGAAAUGAGAAUUGUGUUGAAAAUAAAA